AUGAUCCACGACCGCGAUGGUGGAGAGAGCUCUUUCGUCUGGUGGGAUUUAUCGCAAGCCCAGCGAUUUCCUUGCACCGGAUGGAUCGCCCACGCAGUGGAAUGGGAGCAUUUUGGAAUUUCCCGGGAAGGAAUCGGAGAGCUCACUUUGCCAAGGCGGGCAAUUGGGUGAAACGAUGGAGAGCUCUCGAAAGGUCUCAAAACCCAGCGUGGUUUCGUGGAACAAAAUCAUAAUGGAUUGCGCAAGGAAUGGGAAUUUGGAUCAAGCAGAGAGUGUUUUUGAGAAAAUCCCAAAUCCAAACGUUGCAUCGUUUAACAUCAUGAUCACAGCAUAUGCCCAAGCUGGGCAUGUCUACAAAGCGAAGAGGGUUUUUGACAGAAUAUCAAAACCCACCGAAGUUUCAUGGAAUGCAAUGGUGGCGGCUUACGCUCAGGAAGGGUUUCUGAUGGAAGGAAGCGAUAUUCUGAAAAGGAUGCCGAAGCUAAACUCUGUAGCUGGAAUCGCGAUGAUGCUUGCAUAUGCCCGGUCUGGGCAUAUUGACGAAUCUGAAAGAAUCUUUCGUGCUUUGCCAGAUUCAAACGUUUUCUCGUGGAAUGCGAUGCUCUCGUCAUACACAAUCAAUGGAUACGUAGAAAAAGCUAGAGAUUUGUUUGACAGGAUGAGUGUGAGAACUGUGGUGACUUGGAAUACGAUGGUUUCGGCCUAUGGUCAAGCUGGAAAAGUGUUAGAAGCAAAAGAGAUAUUUGAAGAGAUGGCGGAGAGAGACCUCGUGACUUGGAACGCAGCUCUUCAAGCCUAUGCCCGAAAUGGGCAUAUCGACGAGGCAGAGAGAUUGUUUGAAGAAAUGCCGGUGAGAGACGUGACUUCAUACACGAGCCUGAUGACAGGAUCACACCACAGCCUUGAUCGAGCAAAGACUUUGUUUGAUAUGAUGCCCGAGCACAACGUAGUUUCAUCCACCGCAAUGCUGGAUCUCUAUGCCCGGCAUGGCUAUUUGGAAGAAGCAGUGGACGUGUUUGUCAAAACAAGAGAGCAUAACAUUCUGUCAUGGAAUGCUCUAAUGCUAGCAUACGUUAGAAAGGAUCUCCUUGAAGAAGCUAAGUUAGUCUUUGUUGGCAUGCCUCAAAAGGACGUGGUUGCAUGGAGCUCUAUGCUCUCGUCAUAUGCCCAAAACGGGCAUCUGCGCGAGGUAGCCAGCUUGUUCUACACAAUGCCGGAGGAGAGAGACCAAAUUGCCUGGAGCUCUAUAAUAGCUGCGUUUGCACAGUUUGGCCAUAUCCAAGAUUCUAUCAAGCUCUUCAAGCUCAUGGUUUUGGAAGGAGUGGAGCCCGAGAAGGGCUGUGUUAGAACAGUUCUCUCGGCGUGUAGCCACAUUGGACUCCUCCAGGAAGGCUGGAACCUGUUUGUGUCGAUGCGAGAUGACUUUGAAAUAGAGCCGUCGAGAGAGCAGCUUUGUUGUGUGAUUGACAUACUUGGCCGGGCCGGGAAGAUCAACCAAGCACAGCAAAUGGUGGAGAGUUUCUCGUUCGUUCCAAAUGCCGCGGAGCUGGGAACUCUCCUUGGUGCGUCGAGGCUCCACUUUGAUACAAGUUGUGGAAGGCAAGCAGCCACGCAGCUCUUGCAAGGGGUCGAUCCAAGUAACUCGGCAGCGUUCGUGGGAUUGGCCGAUCUAAUCUUUGCGUCUUGACUAAAACUUGUUUCGUGCCUUGAAAGCUGCAAAGUUGGCAAAAGAACACCACGGAAAAGCUUGCCUUUCUCGGCAAACUAUGA